UGCGUCAUCGCGCCUGACCUUGGCACUCUUCUUCACUUGAUUUUGUACUACGCGGAGAGGACGAGCAUGGCGAAUAAAGAACCCGGUGGUUUUCUGCAGCAGCUGCGGCAGAUAGCAGGCAGGAUGUCAUCAGGACCUCGGGGCGCGGGGCUCGGCGUCAAACUGCUGAUUGGUGCAGGAGCUCUGGCUUAUGGAGUGAAGGAGGCAACGUACACAGUUGAAGGAGGUCAGAGAGCCAUCAUCUUCAACAGGAUUGGGGGGAUGCAGAUGGACACAGUUCUGGCCGAGGGACUCCACUUCAGGAUACCCUGGUUCCAGUAUCCCAUCAUCUAUGACAUCAGAGCCAGACCCAGAAAGAUCUCCUCCCUCACUGGAAGCAAAGACCUUCAGAUGGUGAACAUCGCGCUGCGAGUCCUGUCCCGGCCGCUGGCGUCCAACCUGCCCAUCCUCUACCAGCAGCUGGGACAAGACUACGACGAGCGCGUCCUGCCCUCCAUCGUCAACGAGGUGCUGAAGAGCGUGGUGGCAAAGUUCAACGCUUCUCAGCUCAUCACACAGCGCGCACAGGUUUCCCUGCUGAUCCGCCGAGAGCUGUUCGAGCGGGCCAAAGACUUCAACAUCAUCCUGGACGACGUGGCCAUCACCGAGCUCAGCUUCAGCCGGGAGUACACCGCCGCCGUGGAGGCCAAGCAAGUCGCCCAGCAGGAGGCGCAGCGAGCUCAGUUCUAUGUGGAAAAGGCCAAACAGGACCAGAGACAGAAGAUCAUCCAGGCUGAAGGAGAAGCUCAGGCUGCCAAGAUGCUGGGCGAGGCCGUGACGAAGAACCCGGGCUACCUGAAGCUCCGAAAGAUCCGGGCGGCGCAGAACAUCGCCAAGACGGUGGCGCAGUCCCAAAACAAAGUGUACCUGAGUGCCGACAGCCUGGUGCUCAACCUGCAGGAUAAAGACAGCUUCGAUUUGUCGCUGAAGUAAGACGCCGUCUCCCCGUCGGUCUGCCAUCGUUCCUCCUGGUUCAUUUCUGCAGAAACGGAUCCUCUUCGUCACGCACUCGCGGCCGCCGUGACUUCAGGUCCAUCUGUGAAUCUUUUCGCUUCGCUUUGUCACAAUCAGAAAAAACCUUUUAUUUGUUCCCCUCUGACAGAAAAUCUGCUGCUGUUGGUUUUCAAGUUUGUUCUUGCUGAGAAGUUUCAGCUGGGAAAGAUUAUUUCUGUACAUUUUCCACGUGGACACUCGGGUUUCAUCAGUCCACAGUUUGUUACAUAAAUAAGCUGGAAGCUCUGAGAAAUAACAAGUUAUUUUGGUUCCCGCUGAGACUUUUCCAGUUAAUUACACCCAACACCCGACUUGAAAUAAAGAGUUUUAAAGUUAAGCUCCAGUUUCAUGAAUAAAAUGUGAAAAAUUAGGCUGUAACCAAACCUUUAAAGAGUCAGUUCUCCCAAAUCACAAACACUUAACCAGCGCUGGUGUCUGAGUGUCUGCAGCUCUGCUGUUAUGUAUGACUUUAUUCUUGUCGUCUGAAUGUGAUUUAUCUGCACUCUAACGCUGGUCCUGAUACUCUCUCCAUCAGUUAUACAUUCAGAUCGCUGCAGAAGUGAAGCUGCUGAUUAAUCCUCUGAUUAGUUUCUUGAUUAUUUCCCUCAUUGUUUCGGCCUAAUAAAUGUCAGUUUACUGGAAACCGCCUGUAACGUGUUCAGAGCCCUCGGCGAUGACGUCCUUUCUGUCAGAAUUGUACCAUUAAAGUUAACUUAUAAUAAAUAAUCUAAAUUUGUGCUUUAUUUCAGUUUGUGGAGCUUAAAACACUAAAACGCUUCUUUCAGAAAACGGCAGCAUUUCCCACUGACGCGCUGCAGCCACUUUUAUCUCAGAUCGAGCGAGAUAUCAGAAAAAGUCUUUGUGAAUGGGGUGAACUGACCCUUCGUGUGAUGAAGGACAUGAAUCCUGCAGUCCUGGUCUGAGGGGAACCUAUCGAUUAUAGACGUCGUCGGUUCGAGGAGCGGCAGAGCAGCAGCUCCGCUCUGGCUCUGAUGGACUCGGACCGCAGAAACCACCUCUGAGGCGUUACAGCGUCGGUGCGAGUUCACGAGUGUCGUCAGGCUGCUCCGACGCGGCUCUCGCGGCGGCUUUGUGUUUUGCAACACUUCCACAAGCGUUUCAUUGAGCAAAGCCUCUGCUCAGCCCCGAGCUAAGUAUGAACAUUGUUGAGUCACCAUCGUUAAUACCGGCGAGUAUUUAUGUGGAGAAACGGCCUCGUCCGACACGCAGCGGGACCCCUCACACACUGUUGUCUUUGUUGUGGCCGAGUGUAAAUGAAAAGCUCGUAUGUUGUGUGUGUUUGUUUGACUCUGGGUUCAGACGUCCGGUCUGCUGCUCCAGGUUUAAGCACUAAUUAAAUUUACAUUAAA